AUGCCGUUCGGUCUAAAGAACGCCGGGGCUACAUACCAGAGGCUCGUCAAUAAAAUGUUCCGAGAUCAAAUCGGACGAAACGUGGAAGUCUAUGUUGACGACAUGCUUGUCAAGAGCAUACGAGCCGCCGGCCAUAUAGCCGACCUGGGGGAAACUUUCGAAACACUAAGGAGUCAUAAGAUGAAGCUCAACCCGGCCAAAUGUGCUUUCGGCGUUUCCUUAGGGAAAUUCUUGGGAUUCAUGGUUUCACAGAGAGGAAUCGAGGCGAAUCCCGAGAAGGUGAGUGCUGUCCUCAGCAUGCAACCUCCUCGGACCACCAAGCAAUUACAACAGCUGACCGGGAGAAUAGCAGCCCUCAACCGGUUCAUCUCCCGAUCCACCGACAAAUGUCUCCCAUUCUUCAAGAUUUUGAGAAAGGCCUUCGUGUGGAGCAGUGAGUGCGAGGAAGCCUUCAAGAAGUUAAAAGAAUAUCUGACCAACCCGCCGCUGUUGAGCAGCCCCGAGGAAGGAGAAAUCCUGUAUCUUUAUCUCGCAGUAUCACCCUCGGCGGUCAGUUCAGCUUUGGUCCGAGAAGACUCAGGCAUUCAGAAACCAGUUUAUUUCACUAGUAAAGCACUCCAUGGAGCCGAGGAGAGGUACCCUCGGAUUGAAAAAUUGGCCUUCGCCUUAAUAAUCUCGGCCCGGAGAUUAAGGCCAUAUUUUCAGGCGCACGCUAUACGAGUGUUAACCGAGCAUCCGCUGAAAAAGAUAUUACAAAAACCGGAUCUAUCCGGGAGGCUGGUAAAUUGGUCGGUAGAAUUGGGGCAGUUUGACAUAGAGUUCCACCCUCGUACUUCUGUCAAGGGUCAGGCGCUAGCCGAUUUCCUACUCGAAUUUAGCAAUACUCCCGAAAGCGAAGAGCUGCCCGAGAAGGAAACAUGGGUAGCAUAUGUAGAUGGUUCUUCGGCCAACCAUAAGAGCGGAGUCGGUGUCACUUUAGCAAGCCCGGAUGGAGAAACUUUUCAAUAUGCGAUCAAACUGGAUUUUGUGACCACCAAUAAUGAAGCCGAGUAUGAAGCACUUUUGUCCGGGCUUUCAAUAGCUCGGGAGAUGGGAGCAAGGAAUGUAGAGAUCAGAAGCGACUCUCAGGUGGUAGUCAGCCAUGUGCAGGGAACGGCCGAGGCACAAGGUGAAAAGAUGAUCCAAUACCUCGAAAAGGUACGCAAAUGCCAAUCUAACUUUCACAGAACCGCCGUAACCAAAGUUCCUCGGGAAGAGAACGCCCGAGCCGAUGCCCUUUCUAAAAUGGGUUCCGGUACCGGGCCUGUCGUCAGAACAUCCACACGGGGGGUGGUGACACAGACCAAGCCUUCAAUCCUUCCACAACUCGACAUGAUGGAAAUUGAAGAAGGAUCAGACGAACCAGAAUGGGCUACUGACGUCAUUCAGUACCUCCGCAACGGUUCCCUACCCGAGGAAAAGCUGCGAGCUCGGAAGGCAAAAAUACAUUCAGCCCGGUACGUGCUUAUCGGAGGUGUGCUCUAUCGAAGAGGAUAUACUGAGCCACUCUUGAAGUGUCUUAAAAGUUCCGAGGCGGAAUACAUAUUAAAGGAGAUACACGAAGGAGUCUGCGGGAACCACUCUGGCUCUCGGAUGUUGGCUCACAAAGCGAUGAGAGCCGGAUACUACUGGCCAACAAUGAGCAAAGAUUCAGUCGAAAUCGUUCGGAAGUGCGACAAAUGUCAGAGGUUCGCCCGGGUGAUGAAGCAACCCCCUGAGAAGCUAAGUCCAAUCACUUCGCCGUGGCCAUUCGCAAAAUGGGGGGUCGACAUAGUCGGGCCUAUGCCUCCGGGAAAAGGUGGCCGGAAAUUUCUCCUUGUCGCGGUAGACUACUUCACCAAGUGGGCUGAAGCCGAGGCACUCGCCACUAUCACUACCGCCAACGCAGUAAAAUUUCUCUGGAAUUCAAUCAUAUGUCGAUUCGGUAUCCCACAUGCUUUUGUCACCGACAAUGGAAAACAGUUUGACUGUGGACCGUUUCGAAAAUGGUGCGCCGAACUCCGUAUCAGAAAUUAUUACUCAACCCCGAUAUAUCCACCGGCGAACGGGCAAGUAGAAGCUACGAACAAGACUCUUCUCAGAACACUAAAGAAGAAGCUUGGCAAAAAGAAAGGAGCUUGGGCGGAAUAUGUACCCGAGGUGCUUUGGGCCUACCGCACCACGACACGCACUCCCACCGGGGCUACUCCUUUCUCCUUAACUUACGGUUCCGAGGCAAUUAUUCCUGCCGAAGUCGGAUCACCCAGCUUCCGAGUAUCACACUACAACCCGGGGCUCAAUGACGAAGGAAUCAAGCUGAAUCUAGAUUUGCUAUAG